GGUCAGAUGUUGGCAAACGCUAUAUUCCAUCAAAGGAAGAAAUGUCCCAAACGUUGUUUGAUAAAACGCUGGAUGAUUUUGUAUCGGAGAAGAGCAAACAAUUUCUAACUCGACUGCAGAUUGACGACAGUUUUCUUCAGGAAGAUAUAUCUUCUUGGGAUGAUAAUGCUGCUUUUCUGAAAGCUAAAAGUAGGAUAAGUCGGUUGAAGGUUGUAAAUGACACUGCUGAGAGGGCUGUCAAAUUAAUGCAAGAUUUUCAAGGACUUAUCACGGCGGAAGAAGAACAAAAACAAUACCUGUUGCGCUGUGUCAACGAACAUAGACAUUUAUAUCCGGACUGUAAAAAAACCACACUAAAUAGAAGUUACCCUGCCUGAUUGUUAUUAUUUUAUGUGUUUAAAUAAAUAUAAAUAUUACAAUAAAUUCAUUUUCCAUUUUAUUCACUUCAUUAAUUUCAUUUUGAUUAAUUUUAUAGAAGAUUGGAAUAAUAGGACAAAAAACAUUUUUUGAUCAAAUUUGAAGCUCGGUCGGCACGGGUUGCAAUCAUGCUAGAAAGAUCAAAUUUCAUAUUUGAGUAAGGUUUUACAUUUAUAAAAGAUACAGGGGGUAUGCAUUACAAAAUUCGAAAAAAAAUUUUUUU